AUGCUAAGCUCUCUGGUUGCGUCUCUGCUUCCUACCUCCAAGGCUUCUCAGCUGAUCCCUUCUCUCCCUGCCAUGGCUCCCCUCAUUUCCUCCUUCAACGAAAAUGUCCGUCCGAUGCUCGAUGCGAUCGACAAGCUUCGAGUCCUAGGUCUCAAGGAAGAAGGCAUCGAGCUGCCGACGAUCGUCGUCGUCGGCGACCAAUCCAGCGGCAAGUCGUCCGUGCUGGAAAACUUGUCCGGAAUCAACCUGCCGCGAGGCAAGGGGAUCGUUACCCGAGUGCCGUUGAUCCUGAGGUUGCAAUCAUGCGUCGACGGUCAGGAUGAGAUUACGAUCGAAUACACCCCUAUUUCUGGUAAAGUGUCCAAGGUUUUGCCUGACGAAGCGAUGAUCGAGAAGGAGAUUUCCGAAGCGACGGUAACCUUAGCUGGCAGCCGGAAGGGCGUUAUGAAUUGCCCGAUCACCCUGGAAGUGAGACGACCGGAUUUGCCUGACCUAACCCUGGUAGAUCUGCCGGGAAUCACACGCGUUCCUAUCGAAGAUCAACCGAAGGACAUUUAUAACCAGGUGAAGGCGAUGAUAAUGAAUUACAUCACUCCGAAGGAGAGCGUGAUUCUGAACGUGCUGGCAGCCGAGGUGGAUUUCUCCACGUGCGAGUCUAUCGUCAUGUCGCAAGAGGUGGACCCUGAUGGCGAUCGCACCCUGGCUGUCGUCACCAAGGUCGACCGCGCUCCUGAUGGGCUCUACGAGAAGAUUCAGUCGAAUUCCGUGCGGAUCGGGCUUGGAUACUUGUGUGUCCGGAACAAGACUGAUGCGGACGCUACUCAUGACGAUGCAAGGCGAGCGGAAGCGGUUUUCUUUAACACCCAUCCGGAGUUGAGCCAGAUUGAGUCACACUCCCUUGGAAUUCCCGCCUUGGCUGAACGCCUGACGGAGAUUCAGGCCAAGAGGGUGGCCGAUAGCAUCCCGAGGAUCAGACAAGCCAUCCAGAAGGCGCUCGCUGCAAAGGAAUCUGAAUUGCAGACAAUCCCGCUUGCAGCCACGUCCAGUGCUGCAGCUCUGGGCGUGAUUUCUUCUGCAAUUCAGCAGCGACGUGACCUGAUGAGUGGCGUCAUUAGCGGCAGGUAUGGUUCGUUCCAGAGUGACGAGGAGAUGCUCUAUGCUGCGAGGCUACACGAGAGGUUCAACAAGUUCGAGGCUGAGAUGCGCGAGGCUCUCCCGAAUUUCCUUGGAAAAGAAUACACUGAAAGGUGUAAAGAGGCGUUGAAAGAGGUGGCAGGGAUUUCACUACCGAACAUGCUGGAUCAGGUUGUGGUAGGACAGCUGGUUCAGGAGGUGGUGGAUAGCAUCGAAGGGCUGUGCUUGCUCCUGGUGAAUGACUGCUUUGCGUAUGCAACCGAGGUGCAGCAGGCUGUGGCGUCUCAUGCCUGCGGGAUAUAUCCUGGGUUGAACAACGUGGUUCACCUGCAAGGGCUCAAUGCUCUGAGGGAGGCCAAAGACACUGCUUCGCUGACCAACCUGAUCAGCAAUGACGAUCAGGCAGCAAGGGACCUACAGAUCAACAUGUUCUCGUAUGCCAAGGUGAUGCACAAGCGGCUGUGUGAUGCGAUCCCCAUGGAGAUUCGCAUGUGCCUUGAGACCUCUCUCCUCGAUGAUACUGACACUGCUGUGUGGAGGGAAAUUCAUGGUGGGGACAUUUCCAAGAUAGCGGCUCUCAAGGCGGGGGAUCAGCAGCGAAGGGCUCGGCUGGAGGAGAGUAUCAAACGGUUGAAGGCAUCUGAAGCGACGCUGCUGGGCCUUGCAUUUGACGCUCCCAGGCUGCUAGCCUAG